AAAAAAGGUACACCUAGAUAAGAAUAUAUAGUGUAAUUAUCGUUACAUUCCAGCAGUGACGCAACAUGUCAUAAGCUGCUAGAGGGACAGUGGGCAAAGAUUACCACUGUAAGGGUUUUUCCAUCACAAAUUAAUAUGAUCGAGGAACGACCCUCGAUCGGGCCUCGGAGAUAACCAUGGGGAGGGACAGCCGGGACAGCGACUGUGGCAGGAGGGAGGUGCCCUUGUGUGUGUGUUUGGGGUAUUAUAUACGUGUAUAUAUCUACCUAUCUAUCUAUCUAUCUAUCUAUCUUUAGAGAGAGAGAGAGAGAGAGAGAGAAGGAAGAGGAGAUGACACUCUUCAAUGAUUGGGAGUUUUCUUACGAUUAUUAUCAACAAAAUUUUACUCAACCUAAAACUUAGGCAAAAUGAGUCUUCAUUUAAUGCAAUUAAUAUAUCAAUUUCUUUUUGCGGGUUUGAUCACAUAUCUGACACAUAGCAUAGGUAUGUAACAUAACUUAUUUUAAAUUCAACGGCUGUAUAUUGCUGAAUAUACAUUAUAUAUAUGGCAUAUUAUUAUCCAUUUCAUAAAUAAAUCUUUGUAAUCUUUAGAGUCGUUGGCUUUAUAUUAAUUUGACAGUUGGUGGCGAGUGUGGAGUGUGGAGGUGCUGGGUGCCGCCAGACCCAAUAUGAGCCGCGGGAGGCGGCUGUCCUGUGGCUGUUAUUCCGCCUCACUGUGAUUAUUUGGGCAUGUAUUCCACCGUGCAGGCCGUCCUUGUCCUAGACCUGAACAACUUCAUGGGUCUGUGCAGCAGUGAGAGUGAGAUAGAGCAGCACGUUGCCAAGAUAAAGCUGGUGAGUCUGAAGUUGUUGCUGGAUUUUGGCGCGAAAACUGACCGAGCCGUGAAUGGUGUUCGGUGGUCGUGGAAGUUUUACAAUUCCCGCACCUUCAAGCCGGACACCAGCAGGAAGCAGUUCUUAGACUUCGGAAAGAAAGCUUUUGGUGAGUUUGAGAGUGAACUGACGGAUAAAUACUGCAAGACUUUCGAUAGCCAGGAGGAGGGAGAGCCACCGUUGGAAUGCAGGCGGCCACACAGUUUUGUCCUGAAGAAGGCACUGCAGGAGGUGCUCCUGGACUACAACUGGGACGGGCCGGACAUUAGCUCACCGGUGAAGACUGCCCGACGGAGGACCUAUGGAGGGGCCAGUGCCGUGCCACCUAGCAGUGGGCCCUACAAUGCCAUCAUCGUGGUGGCCAACGUGCCCCGGGGGCCCGAGGCACCUGCCGUGGGGCUCCAAGGGGACUUUUUGGUCGAGGUGCUUGAUGGGGCGAUGGUCAAGGCUUUCCAGGAGGACAAAAAGAUAUCGCUCAGCUUUGUGGAGGUUCAGAAGGCCCCAGAUGGCCCGCAGACUACAAAACUUAAUGCAGACCUGGUAAAGUUAAAUGGCAGCCUGCACAACAUUACUGACUUUGUCCAGACACAGCCCAGGCAGGUGGCCAGCCUCCAUAGGUCGUCAAGUGCUGAGGCAGAGAGUGUGCAGCAUGUGGCACCAGUGUCCAGCCAGCAGGUGCAGCUGCCAUGGCGAAGUGGCCGACCUAGCCGCUCCAGGAAGCCCCAGCCUGGCCCAGUGCUGGUGUGGGAGGAUGCUGCAGGGAUAUCACACCUGAGCAUGCAGCUGCAGGUGUUGGCUGUGUAUGGCAGCUGUUCCCGGGCAUGGAGCAGUGCAUCCGUGGUGGGUGCAUUGUACACCAGUCAGAUGGCCUUGUUGGCACUGGCCCAGGACACGGCCAGCCUCUACGUUUGUGUGGCAAACUGUGACACCUUUGGGGCCCUCAUCACUGUCCUUGCCACACACCAGCUCUCUCUGGUCCUGAGGCUGAGUUGUGGCAGUCUGGCCUUACUUAGUCCAUGGGGGGGAGGGGCUGGAUGCUUGGCCCUUGUGUCUGCCUCAGGCCUGGCUGCCCUGGCCCCAUACAUGCCUGACUGCCCUCCCAGCACUCUACAAUUUGUCUCAGCUGCUGUCAGGAGGUGCCUCAAGGAUGCUGCUCCCUGUCCUGUGGAGGAGGCAGCACCUAGCAAACGAUGGUUUGCAGUCAGCAUGACGCAGCAUUGGUUCAGACCUGUUCCCAGCUUUACUCUCCCCACCCCUCGUACCAAAAACAGAUUGGCCACGGCCCGGCAACGAAAGAUGAUGCUGGAGAGGCUUCAGAAGAGAUACAGGCCCCAGAUCCUUCAGCCACUGGCAGCUGGGGAGACUGGACCACUGGACCUUGUGGACAUCACUCAGCCACCCGUGGAGCCCCAGCAGCCUCAGGCCACUUUAGCCAAGCCUAACAUGACCCGGGCACAACAGCUGCUCAAGAAAAGUCACAUUGUGACGGCUCAGCAGAAGGUGAAGGAGCAGCGAGCUGAAGAGGAGGAGAGAGUGCAGGCCACCGAGCGGAGAGCUGCCCAGGCCUCUGAACGGGCCCUCAAGAGUCAGGCGUUGGAGACUCAGGUCCUGAACACUGUCUCUGACCCACAGGAUGAGAGGAAGCUGGUGGAGUCAUUGGUAUCCUUGCGUGAGACAGCUGGGGUGGAAGCUGACAUUUUCACCACUGCUCAGACCAUCAUCAACGUGGCUCUGGUUCAUGUCAAGAACACUACCGUCACCCCCACCCCUGCUGCAGCCACCAUGCAGGAGGGACUCGGCCGUGUGUUGGGCUGUGGAGUGUUACAGUCAGCUGCUGAUAUCCUCAGUCGACCACAACCUGAUACACACCUUCACCAGUACAAGCUGCAGACACUGUUACAUUUGGAGAUGCUGUGGGUUCUGGGUUACUCAGCAUCCAGCAAACAGAGUGAAGAAGAGGAGGUGGAUGAAGAAAUGAGUGAAAGGAAGGAGUACCAUGUGGAGGAGGUGGUGAGGUUGCUCAGAGCCAUAUCCCUCCACCAUGACCCAUCAACCAUGGCUAACUUUCUUCAGGAGAUUGUGUUGGAAAACUACUUGGAGACACUUGGGGAGGUGCUGCUGGAAGUUUACGAGGAGCUCAACCAACCGCUGCCCGCGCCACUGCGAGACCUAGCAGGGGACAUACACUCUGUUCAGAGCAACUGGCCUCCUGCAUCAGUCAGAUCUCAGGGGACUCCAACUCAGUACAGUGAGAGUCCUGCAGGGUCUGGAGAAAAUCCUGGCUCUGGUCGGUCCAAAGAAGGGCGGCGUCUGCGCAUGCGGCCAAAUCCGUCUCUUCAUGAAGCCAACAAGCGCAGCAUUGUGGUUCCCAAGGUGACCCGGGCCCUCAGUCGGACUCACAGCGAGCAGCCAAGAACCUGCUCUGGUCAGUCUGGUCUUGCUGCUAAUGGUACAGCUACAGCAGAGAGCAGUGCUGCCCCAGUGAAGAAAGUGCGAAGGAACCUGUUUGAACCUGGAGAGGGUUCCCAGACCUCUCCAAAGAACAAGCUCAAGAGGUGUCUAACACAACCCACAUCCAAGAAGACCUCAGUUGCAGCUUCCAAAUCACAGCAACCUGCCCAUCCCAGUCCCAUCAAGACCAAGUUCAAUACUCCUCGUAGUAAAAAAGGAGGCAAAGUGCUCAUCCCAGAGACACCAGACAACAAAGUUGGUUCUACUGUGUUCAACUACAACCGAUGCCAUAAAAGUAUAGGAACUACUUGCAUUGGAGAGAGUCCUGAUGUCAAGAUGUCUUGUCAUGUGCUGAGUAAGACAACACCACGGCGACUGCAAGCUAGUCUCACAGCUGCUCGCAGAAACUCUUUCUAUUCAGGUGCUCGUUCCCGCAACUGGGAACGAGCCAAAACUCAGCUGCUGGCUGACCACAUUCGAGGCCACGCUGACCGUCGAUCCUCAGAGCUUGGCUCUCAACAGACUCCAAGUAACACUACCUUCCUCUUCUCAGAUAUAUUGUCUGGUAGCCAGAGUAUCUCUCCCAAGACACGAUUAACACCUAGAGGACGGACGUGUAGAAAACUGACAUUAACGCCAGAAAGGAGGACUUUAGAUUACGGUCUUGACGUCCACGAGGCUAUUGAUUUAGGCAUGAAAAAUAACAGCGAUGUAACAACUAAGGUGACGGUGGAGUCUCCAGCUGGUAGGGUAUGUGGAGGAGUGGAGCUUAAAGGUGAGGAGGAGCCACCAGCCUGCCUGGAUCUUGGGCACACACCUGUCAAGAGAGUGAGGCGAGCACUGUUAUUGGGCACACCAUCCAAGGCAUUCCCAACCAGAUCACCUGGAAAGGCAAGGAGUACUCCUGGUAGCACAAAGACCAGUUCAGGCUUCUCAGGGUUUUCAACACCCAGGAAAACUUCCCCAGUUCCCUCAUUAGAUAGGGAAUAUGUGGCUGCACAGCUUCACGUAUCAGGUGGGUCAGAGGUUACCCAACCAGAUGACAUGGAAUUCACAGACAUGUCUUCUGCAGCCCAGGGCAAGAGGGUCCAUUUCACUUUAAAGAUGAAUUCUGAUCCUCCACAGACUCCAAAGAGAUUAGGAACCCCUAAGAGCAUCCUUAAAACUCCUAACAAGACUCCUUCAAAAGAAUCUUGUAGCCCAAUAGUUGGCAGUAAACUAAUGGGCAUAUGGAGAGAGGGAACCACUACUCCAUGUAAAAGCACCCUUCAGGAAGAUAUGAUCCACCCCAGCACCCCCUUGGUCAAGGUGGGUAGUCUAGUUUCACAUAGUGAAAGUGAAUUUGAGCUGUUUUCUCCAACAAAAGAUGUUAGAACAGAUAACCUGAAAGUUGAUGCUCCUGAACAAAUUCACUGUACUCCCAAAUAUCCCACGAGUGCCUCCAAAUUGGUGAAUAGUCCACGAAGACUUUCCCUGAGUCCAAAGAAGUUACAAUCAACAAGCAGCCCUUCAAAGUCAGAUGAAAGUUUAGUGGCACCCUUCAGCAGCAACAGAAAGUUGGCCAAACGUUUAGAUGAUGCAAAGUUUGACUGUCUGAUGCAAUGUGAUAAUAGUGCUAGCCCAGCAGAAGUUGAUGUUUCUCUGUUGCCAGACAUGCCUGAGGAAGACAUAAAUUUAGUGAGCACACUAUUGUUUGGGCAUAUAGGGGAUCCUGAUUUCCUGGUGCUGCCAGAGUUGGAGGCAAGUGAGAACAGUGAUCUCUCAAGGCAGCCUGCCACCCUGGAGGAGGAUUCUGUUGUCUAUGAUAGUGAUGACAGUUACUCAUCCUUAGGGUCCCCUCAGCUCCCUGGCCCAGGGAUUACAGUAGCUUUACACUCAACCCUUGUGGAGGACCUAGAUUUUUACUGCAUGCUGAGAGAGGGGCUCAGACAGGGAGAGGGCUUUGGUGAUUGUCUUGAAAACUUAGACUGUCAUGAGGGCACAGAUGGUUCUACGCAAGACACUGACUCUUUAAAGGACUUGAGUGAGAAUGUGUCUGAAAAGACUGACACCUCAAAGUAUGUGGCUAAGAAUAUUGAACCAUUGCAGGCUGAGGUCAAGGACUCUACCUUUUCACAGGGAGUGGCAGAGGACACUGCAUUCUCGCAGGUUUUAGCUAAAGACACUGCCUUCUCACAUGAUUUGGCUAAGGACACUGUCCCCCCACAGGAAGGCACUAUGAAUACAGUGUCAUCACAGCCUGUAGCUGAGGACAUUGGCUUCUCAGAAGAUGUAGCUGAGGAUGCUGUCUCCAUACAGAAUGCGGCUAUGAACAUUGCCUCCUCACAGGCUGUCACUGAGGACACCAGUUCUUCACUUGAUGUUGCUGAGGAGACUAGUUAUUCCCAGGACAUGGGAGAAGACACUACCACUUCACAGGAUGUUACUGAGGACACUAGUUCUUCACAGAAUGUGACUGAGGACAUUGCUUCUUCACAGGAUGUGACUGAGGACAUUGCUUCUUCACAGGAUGUGACUGAGGACAUUGCUUCUUCACAGGAUGUGACUGAGGACACUACUACUUCACAGAAUGUGACUGAGGACAUUGCUUCUUCACAGGAUGUGACUGAGGACACUACUACUUCACAGAAUGUGACUGAGGACAUUGCUUCUUCACAGGAUGUGACUGAGGACACUACUACUUCACAGAAUGUGACUGAGGACAUUGCUUCUUCACAGGAUGUGACUGAGGACAUUGCUUCUUCACAGGAUGUGACUGAGGACAUUGCUUCUUCACAGGAUGUGACUGAGGACACUACUUCUUCACAGGAUGUUACUGAGGACACAGGUGUCUUACAGAGAGUCGGUGAAGACACAGACUCCUCACAGAAUGUGGCUGAGGACACUGCCUCUUCUCAGGAUGUAGCUGAUGAGGCUGACUCUCAACAGGAUUUAGCUGAGGAUACUGAUUCCUUUAAUGAGUUGGCUGAUGAGACUGAUGUCAUACAGGAUGUGGCUGAUAUAAACAGCUCACAGGAUAUAGUUAAGGGCUCCUCCAAGGAUGUGGCUGAGGAAGUUGGCUUCAUCCACAACAUGCCAGAUACUGGCUUACAGCAAGAUGCAAUUCAAGUUGGUGGUUUCCAGAAGGAUGUAGUUGAAGAUGGUGCUUUACUGGCUAUGGCUUAUAACACUGGUGACUCCCAGUUGGUUGUGACUGAGUGUGAUGGCUUGCAGCAAAUUGAGGCCAAAAGUAGUGAUUCACGUGAUUUGGCUGAGUACACUGAUUCCCAACAGGGCACAGUUCUGAAUAAUGAUGCCUUGCAGGUUGUAACUCAGGCAGCAAGCUUUUUGGAGGAUGUUGCUGUGGAUGGAAAUACCUUACAAAAUAUGGAUGAGGAUAGUUGCUGCUCUCAUGGAAUGGAUACAGAUGAAAGAGCUUUACCAGAUGGAGAUACUGACUGUACGGAUAAUGUAGCUGAAUAUGGUUGCUCUGUGCUUGUUUCAGGUAAAGAUGGGAAUUCAACACUAAAUCAAUCUAAGGUUGUUGGCCCUGUGAAUAAUAAGAAACAUAAAAAUUUAGAUUACAGUUCAGCUCUCAGCAAGGAUGUAUUGAAGCCUUCACUGCACACAGAGGAGGUGACUAAAUCACAAAUUAUACAUAAUAAACCCAGCAACACCUGUUCUACAUCUGGUGAUGGUGGUAUCAAAGUGGGUCAUGCCAAAAUUAGGAAAAUUGUGAAAAUGCAUAAAAAUGAAAAGAGGAAGAUGAACUCAAGUACUGAUAAGCCACACCAGACAGUCAAUCAGGAAAAUGUGAAAAGUGAGAGGGUGUUACGAAAGAGAAGGAGAGAAGGAUCUCGACUGUCACGAAAGGCUCCAUUAAGGGCUUGCCGCAGACAGACUCUAUCAGUAUUCGACAUGAGCAGUGACGACAGUGAGGAACAGGACUGGUAUCAGCCCAAGAUAAAGAAAAGAAUAUUUGAGGAUACUGACUUUCUUACCCCAGAAAAGUUGAAGGCUGAUGAGGUCACCCUACCCUUGAAGAAUGUAGAGAAUUUACCUCACACACAAGAGCGACUUGACCACAAUGAUGCUGCUCACAUUGCAGAGCCCAUGCCAGCAGCAAAUAGUACUUGUGAAAGUUGUAUUGAAGGAGAAAAUAGUCCUGCAGAUGAAGUUUCUAACCAUAAAUGGCAGGAGCAGGAGCCUUCUGUCUCAACAUCCUCUCUCCAUGACAUAUCACUUCAAACUGACAACAAUGCAGGGGCCAGCAAGUGGCAGCGACGGAAAGCAAAAAAGAAAAAAGGGGUUAAGCUAACCCUCACACGUAGUGGUGACCAGUACCAGGUGACCAAAACUCAAAUUUCCCGUGGAAGCUCAGACCCUAACUCUAGUGGUGACUUGGAUUUGUAUCUCAGCUGUUCAGAUUUGAAUGACAGUUUAGAAACCUCAAAGUCAUCCAACAAAAGCACUUCAAAAAAAGCUAACAAGCAAGGGGGGUCUGUGACACUACUGACACCACACAGAUUCACACGCCACAUGUCCCGUGACUUGAGUGUUUCUCCUGAUCUUUACCAGCAAUUAAUUACCCUUUCUCCACACAAGCCUCCCAAGAAACACAAAAUGAAAAGUGCAAGUAAAAAGAAGCACUCUGAGAGCUCUGUGGGUAAUCCUGUAUGUGCAUCCACUCCCAGGAGUCCCAAGAAACCAGAAGAAUGGUGGGUGAGUAAUCUGAGAGACUCGCCCACCAUGAAGACUUUUGUCCGUAGUCAGAAGAGAAAGCACCAGAUCACUGCCUCACCCCGAGUGGAGUUGCCUCGCAUCCCCAAGAAAGGCUCCACAAUAGAACAAAAAGAUGAAGAGGCUAAGCCUUCUGAGGAUUGGUCUCCACUUUUUUUGAAGAAGAAACCAGUACAUUACUCCAGUCCCUCAAUCAAGAGUUUGUUACAUUUAUCCUCAGAUAAGAUCCUGCUUGACCAAAGCCCUGACCAAGGAAAAAAGGAUUCUUCCUUAAAGAAAAAGCAGAAUGAUCCACAUGCAGGACCUUCUGCCACCCCUCCACCUUCUAACCUCAAACUGCGCUCUAGCAGACGCCUUCUUUAUUCUGGUUUAGGAGAGUGACUAACAAUGAGAAUAUUUUUUCAUUCUCGUAGGGUAAAAAUUCUUCAGUGCCUUCAUGUGUACAAAGCGUCACUAGUUCAUGCUAACUUGUAAAGUGUACAUAACUAACUCAGCCAGAUCAUACUGGCUUUGAAGAUGUACAUUAUGUAAUUUUUAACUUAGUUCUUAUUGGCUUAUGUGAUGUAUAUUCUGUGGUCAACCUAGUUUAUCCUGGCUUAUAUGAUAUGAUUAUAUGGAUUCAUAUAUUUAAAUAUAUAUUGGUAUAUUAUGUGAGAUUGUUCUGCAGUCAAUUAUUUUUGAUGUCCAGUGGUAUUAAUCGAGAUUAAAAUAGCUGGAUGCUUGGAGUUGUAAAAUAGAAUGCAGGCAAUCAGCGUGCAAUAACUUAUGUGGUAAACACAUUUUAAUAUAUGAAUUUACCAGCUCAGAAAUGUCAAGUUUUAAUUGUAACGUUGGCAAUUUCCUGGACGACGUACAGUAUCCAGUAGACACACCCAUUUUUGCUGGUGGGCAGAGUUGUUUGUUUAAUGUUGCCUAUCCAUAAUUAUUUGUAAUUUAAAUCAGGCAAACUGAACACCUAAACAAUUUGUAAUAAAUGCUUAUAUCUUUGCAUCUGUAUGCAAACUAUGAAAGCCAUUAUUAUACUAGAUCAUGUUUCAAAAUAAAUAAUUGUCGGAGAACUUUAAAAUAUUCGAAUAAAAAAAAAAAUUGUAUGAUGACAUGACGCUCAAUGGCAUAGGCUGAAUAUGUGUUGCCAGAAAAGAUGGCAAAGUCAUUAUGAAUGAAACCCUCUUGAUGCCAACAUUCUAAACUAAGAUUAUAAUGUUCAGAAACAGUAGGGUGUUCUGUUUUUAAUUUAAAUUUGCAAAUAAUAAUGAAAAGACAACUUUAAUUGUCUGUGUGUUUUACAUGAAUACAGACGACGUUUAUUUUUACAAACUGGUUUAGCCCCUGAAAAAACAUUUGCUAAGUGAUAUUUUAUGGUGCAAAGUAAUUUUAACAGGAUUAAAUGGACUUUAUUCCUUUUCUCCCAAUGUGCUCUUAUCAAUUAUGUACUUGGUUUAAAAUUGCCCACUGAAAAAUAACUUGAAAAGCAAAUUAUGGCAUUCUUUAAGUGAAUGAAGGGUAUGAAAACAAUUAUCCUUAAAGCAAAUUUUCGUUGUGGGAAUGUUUGUAGGGCACGGGUCGUCUGUUUAAUUUAUGUGAAUUCAUAACCAUGUGCAUCAUCCACAACUCAAAUUCACCACCAUUUUCUCAACACAAUUACUUAGGUCUACAUAAUACUGCUAUUCCUUCACAAUAUUUGCCCAUUGUUGCACGUGCUGUGCUGCCAGUAGGAGAUUAAAUUCUAAUGAAAUACAUUUUAUGAGUAAAAUAUAAAUGCAACUAGCCUUAGUGCUUUUCUAUAUUUUGUCAACAUUAUCACAUAUGAUGCAUAAUAUUCUCCCACAUUCUGAUUAAGUUGAAAAGUCACCAUAAAACAUUGAAGGCAGGUAGAAGUUGAACGUGACUGCAUGUUGUGCAUUAUAUAAUAUAAUGCUGACAAAACCAAGAAAACUACUAAGCUUGGCUGCUUAUUUAUUUCUUCACUCAGAACAUGUCAAUUAUCCUUUUUUUCUUCUUUUUUUCUGUGCUUGUGGAAAGUGAUCACCUGUAACCAUUAUUCAUUUUGGGAAUAUUACCCAAUAUGUGAAACUUGAUUUAUGCAACCCAUCCACAAACAAAAUUCCACACCUAAUAUGAACAGAUUGUGCUUAAACUCCAUGGCAUUGUCAACGGCAGGAAUUACAUUCCUGUUAUAUUGACUUGCUGGUGAGUGUGUUACUAUUAUGUGUUGCCUCUCCUUUUGAUCAGCUCUUGUGUCUGCACACCAAACUGAUCCCUAAGUCCUGCCCCUUACACUGAGGAGGCUUUAUUCCCUUCAAUCUGAUUGGCUGAAGGUUAUGAUUGGGAAUGGAAAAUGUCGUAUGAUCAGGUAGGAAAUAGUAAUCAUUAUAAUUAAGUAAUUGACAGUACUGCAUUUACCUUUAAUUAGAAUACACUAAGAAAUACAUUAUUUACAGCAAGGCACGUAUCACUGCCUACUACGCACAGUGCAGAAGACGAAGUCACUAAUUUCCCAUUCAUGUAAAUGAAAAACAAUAAUUAUUUAGUUACACAUUCAAUAUAACAAAGGUUUUUAGCCACUGUAGUAAUGUGUGUCAGAUGAACCAGACAACACAGCAUCUAUUAUCCCUGAGCUACAAUAACAAUGACUAAGAAGCUUUUAACAUUGUAUUGAAUGUAACUGUAAAUAAUUCACCAUAUUUUUUCACUUACAUGAAUGGUAGGUGUGGGAAACAAAGGAAAUAGGUGACUUCUGCACUAUGCGUAAUAGGCUGGGUUAAAGGAACGCUGAUACAUGCCUCGCCGUAAAUAAUUUAUUUAUCAAUGUAUCCUAAUUAACAGUAGGUGCAGCACUGUCAAUUACUCAAUCAUAGUGAUUAGUACUUAUUUUCGUACCUACUGUAUUGAAUAAUCCUGAGCACACGUAUAACAUUCUCUACUCCCAAUCAUAACUUUCAGCCAAUCAAAUAGAAGGGGACAGAGCCUCCUCAGUGCAAGAGGCAGGGUAGGAGUCAAUCUAGUGUGUAGAGACUACAGUCUACAAGGCACAUAAAGGGUAAGAAGGGAUUUGGACACAAUUAUUCUACUUGAGUUAGAGUGGUGUAAACAAAUAUUAUCAAUGUCAUUGUGUACAAACACUUUUAUUAUUCUAAAAUCAAACCAAAUUGCACAAACAAAUUCAUGCAUACACACAUACAUCCAUACACACAUCCAUACACACACACAAGCCAGAUCAUCUAAGCAUCACUGUUUGGUGGCCACACACCCUAACCAUAUUUCGUUGAAUACAGUGGUCUUGCAGUGGUGUCUUAAAGCACUUAAAAACUGAUGAAUUGGGCUUUAAGUUGUGUUACUGAAGUACUUUGGCAUUCAAGAUGUGGUUUACCAAAUUGUAAAGUGCAUCUGUCUUCGUUAUGGCACGCACUGCACUGAAAAUUUAGUGAGUUAAAAUAUCAAAAUUAUAUUGAUUACCAUCCUCUUCAGUCAUUACUAGUCCCAUGCAGGACAAAAACCUUUGCCAAUGUUUUUGACUUCUGUGAUUGACAUUAUUGUACUUCAUUCUCCUCUGGCAGAUGCUCUAAUUUCAUCUCUGUUCUGACUUGUACAAUCCGUGGGUUGCCACUCUUACUUUGGGUAUCUACCUGAUAUCAGUUCUACACACAAAUGGACAACCAGAAUAACAUUGGCAACUCAGGAAUUAUUGGAAGCCAGGGCAGACUGAUGACCAGGUAGAUAAAAAAUAAGAGCAGUUGCUGGAGCAGGAUGGAGUACCCCAACAUCAGACAAAAAGAAUUUGAAGAAUGUUUGGGAAGGCCCUUGCCCUGCGGUGGACUAGCAAUGGUUGAUGAUGAUAUUAACUUUUUUUUAUUUUUACUUUCAUGCAGUCAACAGUUCGUGCAGUGACCAAUGCAUGCUAUGUAAAUUUAUAUUGCUAUAAAAGAACAAAACUGGUCACAUUUUUGCAAGCCCACUGUAGCCAAAUGUUCUGCAAG